AUGGCGAUCACUGAGCGGCAGAAUCCGAGUGCGGAGAGGAAGCUGUUCAGGCUGUGUCCGUUCUGGCAGAGGAGAAGCACCACCUCGUCUCCUCCGUCUUCAACACAGAACCCGAGUCAAAACUACCGCAGCCGCCAUGGAAUUCGGAAUUCGGAUGUCUCCGGCGUUCCCAAGCCGUCCUCCGCCUUGACUGUCUCUUCCGUCGCGAGAUCAAUUCUGCCGGCUCGCCGUCGUCUCCGACUAGAUCCUUCCAGUUACCUCUAUUUCCCUUAUGAACCUGGUAAACAAGUGCGGAGCGCAAUCAAGCUUAAAAACACUAGCAAAUCUCAUACUGCAUUUAAGUUCCAAACAACUGCACCAAAAAGUUGCUACAUGCGUCCUCCUGGUGGAGUUUUGGCUCCAGGAGAGAGCGUCUUUGCAACUGUGUUCAAGUUCGUUGAACACCCAGAGAACAAUGAGAAGCAGCAGUUGAACCAGAAGAGCAAGGUUAAGUUUAAGAUUAUGAGCCUGAAAGUGAAACCAGGUGUAGAGUAUGUGCCCGAGUUGUUUGAUGAGCAAAAGGAUCAAGUAACAGUGGAGCGUGUGCUUCGGGUGAUUUUUAUUGAUGCGGACCGCCCAAGUGCUGCAAUGGAGAAAUUGAAACGUCAAUUGGAUGAAGCUGAAGCUGCGGUGGAAGAAAGAAAGAAGCCACCACCACCAGAGACAGGGCCUCGUGUGGUCGGGGAGGGUCUUGUCAUAGACGAAUGGAAGGAGAGAAGAGAGAAGUAUCUUGCUCGACAACAAGUCGAAGCCGUUGAUUCUUCGUCCUAA